AGUUCGACUGCGGUGGCGAUGACACGACAACGAAAAAGACAAAAGAUAUGAAAGGAGGAAAAAUGAUAAAUUAAUACUAAUGAAUAACAUAAAGAAAGCAGUCGUAAGGCCAAUAUCGAAAAGAAUCAAAUUGUUGUGAAAUUUACUAAAUUCUAGUAAAUAGGCGAUUAAAAUUUUAAUUAUAAAUUGCUGCUUAAUAAGUGUUUAAUUAAUUUGGCCCCUUAUAAGGGGCCAAAAUAAUAACAACGUAUGUGCUACAAUAUCAACGCAUGUGGAUAUCGCAAGAUCAAUUAUAAAAAGUGCUAACUCUGAAAAAUUUAAUAAGAAAAAAAAUGACUUUUGUCAAUUGCGUUUUUAUUAAAAAAGAAGAGGAGGAAAAGUAAAAGAAAUAAAAACAUUUAUUAAUAUACUCAGUGGUGGCGCAUCUAUGAUAUUCGAAUUUAUAUUUGAGACCAUAUUACAAAGAAAAUACGUGUAGUUGUAAGUGUUUCUUUCAAUUUUCGUUGAUUUUGUUCGUGCGCCACCGUGUGUGUAUGAUCUCGUAAUUUUUUCGAAAGAUUGUUAAAUAUCGUUCGAAAAAAUCCCGAUCUUUCAUCGUCGUGUGUUGUCGCCGUUCAACAUAUUUAAUGGAAGAGCUAUGAACCUAGACCAUCUGAAAUUGAUGCUUACGCAGAUUGGUACAUUGGUUAAACAAUUGAAUAAGAAAAAUUUUACCGAAACCAGCGAAAGCCUUAAUAAGUUGAUUGAAGAAUUUGGCUUGGAAGCGGAUCGACAUUGUCUGCGUUGUUUGUUUUCAUGUAUUAAUUUUAAUGAUCCAUCAUUCUCACCGUUAUCAUUUUCAAUAUCAAAUUUAACGAUACAACAGCAAGUUCAAGUGAAAUUCUUAGGUAUCCAAUUGGAAAAGCAACUGACGAGAGCUUCACACAUCUCCAACAUCUGUUUUGCUAUCGAUAAUUGUUGGUUUCAUCAAAAGGGCUUUAAAGCGUCAGCGCAUCUGGUAAAACAAAUUGUACGUGUAACUGGCAUCAACAAGUUGAGUGAGUGCCUUUUAUGUUUAUCUUUAACUCACUCGUCGCAACCGGAUUUACGUAAAACCGCUCGAGAUCUUCUAACGCGAUCGUUGCCUGAACUUAUAGAAUCGUAUCUGGGUAAAAAUCAAGCAACGGCAGGUGUAAUUUGCAGUUUUCACGACAUCUCUAUCGAUUUGUUGCAAUUGUUUUUAUCCUGUUUGGAAGAAUACGUACCGCAAGAAUUUCUACGUGAGCAAUUUGUACAGAAACUACGCGACGAAUUCCCGCGAGCUGGUGUUCCUCUGAUAUUAGCACCAUAUUUGUACCGUUUGGAAUCCGUCAGAAACUUAACUCAACAAAAGCCGUCGCUACAAGAUGAGGACGGGUUGGCCUUAAACUCUAUUACUGAUGGCUACCACUUGUCAAUUAAUUUAAAAGAAAUCCCAGUUGAAUGUGUUUACGAGAAUUUCUGCGAAACAAUAUUUUCAUCACACGAGCACAAUAAUAUUAUGGACACAUCCUGGAUUAAUUUAAUCCUUGAAAUUGGUUAUGAAUUCACUUCAAGCGUUGAAGAUUGUAAAAAUCACUUACGCAGCGGAGGUAGUGUAGGUAGUAGUAGUAGUCGAGAUUUACAACCGCAAGAUGUUGCUAAAAUUAUUGGUCUUAUGUGUCGUCGACAUACAUCGCUAUUAGAUUGCAAUGUAAACUUACCAACACCAGCAAAUUUUUGGCCACAACAGUCUGUUGGUGGUAGCAGUAGUCAACAGCAGCAGCAGAACUCUACCAAUAACAAUGAUGGUUCGUCGAUUAAUUCGGAUAAAAACGCAACAAACGGCAAUGACAAAAAAGACAAAACAGGGCCGAGUAACGCUAAUAACGGUUCGAGCAGCACAGAUACUACACAGGCCUGGAAACCAGAUGUAUUCGUUCAAGCUCUCAAAGAGGUAGUGCCGCAAUUGAACUGGAAGGAAGUGUGUUUAGAGCUUGAUCAUCCCGAAUUUGUAAUAAAGGAUCGCGUUGGACUUGAUCUUCUCUUAACCAUAUUUCGUUUGGCUACGCAAUCAACGUUGUUUUCUUAUCCAGAAUGCAUUUACCGUCAUUGGCAAACCGUGGAAGGUCAGUUUACGCUGAUUGCAGUGAUGCUGAAGAAUCCCGAUCUAUUCUCGUUUGCGGAUUAUAUCUUUACAUCAGCUCCAGUGGAAAUGUUAAAAACUCCGCCUGACAACGAUAAUAAAGAUAUUUGCGCCUGGAAGUCCCUCCAUCUUGUUGAAGUCCUAUUAUAUAUUGCGGAACAUGGUUAUUACAACAAAGUUCACGAUCUGUUUAAAUUUCCUGCACAACAUUGUCCUGAUGUUCUCUUCCUUUCAUUGUUGCACAUCACACCGCCUCUAACUGCUUUGCGUCAGGAACUAUUCAAUCAAUUAAUUCCGACAUUUCUGGCCAAUCAUCCAAACUCAGGAGUGAUAUUAGGAAGUGCGUGGAGCUCUACUAAUUUUGGCCACUCUCUAAGACCCUUAAUAAUGCAUGCAAUGUCUGAAUGGUACCUUAGAGGCGCAGAGUAUGAUCAAGUAAAACUCUCCCGCAUCCUGGACGUGGCCCAAGAUUUGAAAGCACUUUCUACUCUCUUAAAUGCCAGAUCUUUCCUAUUUGUUAUUGAUUUAGCUUGCUUGGCUUCUCGCCGCGAAUAUUUGAAGCUUGAAAAAUGGCUCAGCGAUAAAAUUCGUGAACACGGCGAGCCAUUUAUUCAGGCGAUGUUGAAGUGUCUUCAACGAAGAUGUCCUCAAAUAACCAACGCAAAGAUACCAGACGAUCAAUUGCCGCCAAAGCAAGCGCAGCUGCCUCCAGACACUGUUAAUACAAUGGUUUCAUGUUUACAAGGUUGCAUUGGCAACGUUCCACAUGAAAUAGCCGAGCUCAUUAUGCAAAUGGCUGCCAAUUGUUCCAUUAUGGCAAACAAAGCGCGAGUUGCCGCUGCUGCGGCUGCACAGCAACAACAAACUCCACAAGGCUUGGUGCCACCUCAAAGUGUUUUACGUAGUCAUCGUGGGAUGGACUUGGGAGCCGGUGGCGGUGUGCCGAGCGGCGUACCACCGCCGCAGUUUUCAGCAAAUCUAAAUGCCCAGCAAAUGUUCGGUCCUACCAUGGACACUCUAUCGAAUUUGACCACAAAUAUUGCUAGUCUCAACCUCGGUGGACCCAAUGGAGCUUUCAACUUUGGCAAUGUAUUAAGUAACUUGGUAUCCACGCCGGCGUCACCAUCACGUCUGAUGAAUCCAGCAGCUGCUAGUCCAUACCCCUUGAAUCCAAUGCAAAUGCCGGCGCCGCCACCGAACGUAGGACCGUUAGGUCGUAUGCCUCCUACUGCUCCGCAGCCAACACCAACACCGCCGAAUCCAAAUAAUCCUAUAAUAGCUGACCUUCAAGCCCCUGUUUCCAAAGAGAUCGAAGAUGAAGCCAAUUCGUAUUUCCAGCGCAUAUAUAACCAUCCACCUCAUCCGACUCUGUCUAUAGAUGAGGUGCUGGACAUUUUACAACGUUUCAAGGAAUCCAGCAUACGACGUGAGCAGGAAGUGUAUCAAUGUAUGUUACGCAAUCUCUUCGAGGAAUAUCGUUUUUUUUCGCAUUACCCGGAAAAAGAGUUACAAAUCACGGCGCAGCUUUUUGGUGGCAUAAUUGAACGUAAUUUGGUGCCGACUUUUGUGGCAUUAGGACUAGCGUUACGAUGUGUCUUAGAUGCAUUACGAAAACCGGAGGGGUCAAAACUGUACUACUUUGGCAUUACAGCUCUGGAUCGUUUUAAAACGCGCCUGCAUACGUACAACAAAUACUGCGAGCAUAUCAGGUCGAUUCCACAUUUUAAGGAUUUUCCACCACAUUUGAUACAAUAUGUUGAAUGCGGUUAUCUUGGCCAAGAACCGCCUGCAGCUAAAUUACAAAUGCUAAUGGGGGCUGCCGGACAACAACCGCCGCAGGAUUCAAUAUAUCGCAGUAAUUCUGUUACAGGCAACCUUGUUACUACGCCAACUCAACAAAAGCCAAUGGUAGUCGCGCAAUCCAUUCAUCCGGCCCGUGUGAAAUCAAUUGCCACGGCUACAAAUAUCGACACUCUACUAGUGGCUAAUCAGGAAGAGAAAUUGACUGUACCACCAGAAGGUAUUCAGGAUAAAACUGCUUUCAUAUUUAACAACCUCAGCCAAUUGAAUAUUCCGCAAAAAGUUGAAGAAAUUAAGGAUAUUAUGACCAAAGACUAUUGGCCUUGGCUAGCUCAAUAUUUGGUUCUAAAGAGAGCUUCUAUGGAAUUCAACUUCCACACAUUGUACUUCAAUUUUUUGGAGGCUUUAAAAAAUACCGAGAUCAAUAAAUAUGUCACUAAAGAGACAAUACGAAAUAUAAAGGUCUUAUUGCGUUCAGAUAAGGGCGUAGUUAACUUUUCAGAUCGUAGCUUAUUGAAAAACCUUGGCCAUUGGUUAGGUAUGAUGACCUUGGCUCGUAACAGACCAAUACUGCAAAUAGAUCUAGACUUGAAGUCCUUAUUGGCAGAAGCUUAUCAUAAAGGACAACAAGAAUUGCUUUUUGUGGUACCUUUUGUGGCUAAAAUUCUGGAAUCAUCAAAUAAAUCGAAAGUGUUUAAAACCCCAAAUCCUUGGACAAUGGCCAUAAUGAAUGUGUUGGGAGAGUUACAUCAGGAACCCGACUUAAAGUUGAAUUUGAAAUUUGAAAUCGAAGUUCUUUGUAAAGGUCUAAACAUUGAUUUGCAGAAAUUAAAACCAAUAAUAUACCUUAAAGAUCCUGGUCGUUUCACGGUAAUUGAACACCAAAUGUCACAGCCGAAACCGAAAGCUAUAGAUCCCUCGCCUUCCCAACAGCAACAACAACAGCAACAACAGCAGCAGCAACAACAGCAGCCUACCUCUAGCACACAACAUUCAAUGAUGUCGGAAAAUGACGCACAAGCUAUGAUGAUGGGUGGAGCCGGUGGUGGUGUCAACAUUCCGGGUGGGGCUAUACCAUCACCUAAUCUCACCAAUGACGGUGUCGGACCAUUAAUGUUGCCCGCUCCAGAGCCACGUUUUUCGUAUGUAGAUAUUAAUGUGACAAACUUUCAACUUUUAACCCAACAUGUGAUGCUGUCCCCUAACAUUGCAUUUUUGCAUGUAAAUCCUGGAAUAAAGCAUAUAGUGCUAAGUGCUAUCGAACGUACCCUAACCGAAUGGUUACAACCUGUCGUCGAUCGUAGCGUUCGUAUUGCUGCGUCCACUUCCGAGCAAAUUGUUCGCAAAGAUUUUGCUCUUGACCCUGAUGAACAUCGUAUGCGCACUGCGGCCCAUCAAAUGGUACGUAAUCUUGCCGCAGGCAUGGCAAUGAUUGCUUGCAAAGAUCAAAUCACGCAAACCUUGAAUAACAAUCUGCGUAAAGUCUUCAUGAAUGCUCUGCCGGGAGGGCCAACAUACCAAGAUAUUGAAACUGCAUCCAUGCAGCUAACAAACGACAACGUAGAAUUGGCAUGCGCUUUCAUACAAAAAACUGCUGCUGAAAAAGCUACUCCCGAAAUAGAUCGUCGUCUUGCAGCUGAUUUUGAAACACGUAAAAUGGCCCGCGAAGAGAACAAUCGUUACUUUGACGCCCAAACUUUGGCGUAUCAAUCAGAGCGCUUACCUGAACAAGUGCGUCUUAAAGUCGGUGGAGUACCGCCAAAUCAAUUUGCAGUGUAUGCAGAAUUUGCCCGCAACAUACCCGGAUUCCAACCAAUGACCGACCGUGAUGUCGCUAUGUUUUUACCCAAACCUCAAGAAAUGCCCCCCAGUUUUGCCACUGACGAAUUGGGUCUUAUGUACGCUGAAUUGGCCAGCAAAAUGGAAACUUUCCUCAAUAGUUGUGUUAACAAUUCUAAUUUACAAUUGCAAGCUAGUAAAAUGCAUGCGCUACUUAACGCUCUCAUGGUUACUCGGCGUCAUCGCGACAACGAAUCCGCGUUAAACUUACUUAACCGUUGUGUUGAAGGUUUUAUUGAAGGCAUGAUCAAUAUUCCCGAACACGUUGAACAAAUGAAAUUAUAUCGUGACAUACAUUUACGCAUAUUAACUUUGCUUCAGAACACAUUCGGCGCACCGGCCACUGAACGCGCCAUCACGAAAUGCAUUUUUGAAAUUCGCGAAGAAGCUCGCUACAAUAUAGAUGCAAUUAAAUUGCUUAUAACAUCGCAUUUCAUAAAUGUUAGCCAAUUCGAUUUGUUACUACGUGAUUGCAUGGAAAAUGGCAACAAUUAUUUAGCUGUAUCGUUUGGAACCACGCUUUUGGAACGCCUGCUAGUGGAUGAACGCUCAAGCUCUAGUUUAGUAGAAACCGAAUUCAUCGGCACCUUAGAGUUGUUAAGUCGUCUUACCCAACACCGUCACCGUUAUCCAGAGGCCUUGUCCCAUUUGAUUGACAUGUUGUGUGGUAAUAACAAUGCUGGAGACAUUGGGCCAUUUAGUUCAACGGAUCGUUACUUGGCAGGAGCUACACAAUAUAUACAUUCGGGAUGGCAACAUGUCAGGGUAAGUGCAAACGAUUGCGAUGAUCCGCCCGGCUUGCAAGAGAAGACAGAAUUUCUACUAAAAGAUUGGGUCUCUAUUUAUUCGCAAUCUCACAAUUUAUCGCGAGAAACUAAAAAUUUUGGAUCGUUUGUGCAGAAAAUGAAUCUUUACGGUAUAUUAAAAACUGACGACUUGAUUACGCGGUUCUUUCGUCAGGCGACUCAGUUUUGUAUUGAUUUGGUGUAUCGCAUUCUGACUGACCCUGCGCACACUCCCGUGCAGGCGAAGACAAAGAUUUUCCAUUGGAUAGACGCUUUUGUGCAUUUGAUAGCCCUCCUCGUUCGUCAUUCCGGUGAAUCUGGGAAUCCUACCACUAAGAUCAACUUGCUCAACAAGGUUUUGGGCAUUGUUUUGGGAAUUUUGCUACAAGAUCAAGAUAUACACGGUACCGCAUUCCAACAGCUUGGUUAUCAUCGAUUUUUUGUCAUGCUCUUCCUUGAGCUUAGCUCGCCGGAUGUUGUUUUAGAAUCAUUGAUGCAUAGCAUUGUAACUGCUUUUUCGCACACCUACCAUCUCCUAAAUCCAUCCCUUGCACCAGGUUUCUGUUACGCGUGGCUGGAGCUUAUUUCUCAUCGCAUAUUUAUUGGACGCAUUCUCGCGCAGAUUCCUCAACAGAAAGGAUGGCCAUUAUAUGCUCAAUUGCUAUUAGAUCUCUUCAAGUAUCUGGCACCUUUCCUCCGGAACGCCGAACUAGCGAAACCAGUACAGUUGCUGUAUCGUGGAACUUUACGAGUUUUGCUCGUGUUGUUACACGAUUUCCCCGAAUUUCUUUGCGAUUAUCAUUUUGGUUUCUGUGAUGCCAUACCACCAAACUGUAUUCAGAUGCGCAACAUCAUUCUGGCGGCUUUCCCACGAAAUAUGCGCUUACCUGAUCCAUUUACUCCAAACUUAAAAGUCGACAUGCUGGCUGAAACGGCUUCAGCACCAAAAAUUUGUACCAAUUAUGCAAUAAAUAUACAACCAGUUAAUUUUAAAAAGGAUCUUGAUUCUUAUCUAAAAGCUCGAGCUCCGGUUACGUUCCUGUCUGAGUUACGCAGUCAUCUACAGAUAUCAAAUGAGCCCGGUUCACGGUACAAUAUACCGCUAAUGAACGCUCUUGUAUUGUACGUGGGUACUCAAGCGAUUGCACACAUUAGAAGUAAAAAUUUCGUUCCCAAUACAUCAAAUAUUGCGCAUAGUGCUCAUAUGGAUAUAUUCCAAAACUUGGCUGUUGAUUUAGAUACUGAGGGCCGUUAUCUUUUUCUUAAUGCAAUUGCCAAUCAGUUACGUUAUCCUAACAGUCAUACGCACUAUUUUAGCUGCGCUGUUUUACAUCUCUUUGCUGAGGCCAACUCCGAAGCCAUACAAGAACAAAUAACCAGAGUAUUAUUGGAGCGCCUUAUAGUGAAUCGUCCACAUCCCUGGGGCUUAUUGAUAACGUUCAUUGAACUUAUCAAGAAUCCCAUAUAUAAAUUUUGGGAUCACGACUUUGUUCAUUGCGCACCAGAAAUAUCAAAACUCUUCGAAUCGGUUGCCCGCUCUUGCAUGGUAAAAUCGAAUCAUCCUCAACAGAUGAACAAUAUGGAUGGAGAAAUUCAGGAGAUUAAUUGAAUUUGAAUGGAGUUAUCCCAAUAUUUUCUCUAAUUAUUUACAAAAAUACUAUACAUAUAUUAAUGAAAAAAAAAAAGAAAAAAGUAAACGUAAUGUUUCUGUUUUAAGCUAAAGAUAUAAAAUCUACAUGCAUUCUUCGCAUUAUAAUUGAUUUAAUAAUAAUAAUACGCGUUAAGAGAGAUUGCAAUCAUUUCUAACUUUAUUUUUAUGUUUUUUUUUUUAAUAACUUUUAUUAUUAUAAUUUUUUUUUGUCAUAUAUUAUAAAUAAUUCAUAGAAACAAGAUUUUUUAGUUUUAUUAUUUGUCUUAUUAUAUUAAUAUAAUUAAUUAUUAACUGUAAGUAGUUUCACCGACUAAAAUAAUGGAAGAAUAAUUUGAAAAAAAAACGAAUACAGA